AUGGCCGCAACAAGAGACCCCGGUAUCAUACCAAGAAACAAUCCUGCUGCACUUUCACCUUCAUCACUAGAAGAUGGAACAACAGAUUCUGCCACAUGGCCUCCUCCGUCUAGGUUCCUCGUCGUCAAUGGCGUCGAGGUGCGGCUCAAGUUCUGCCGGACCUGCAAAAUCCACCGCGCUCCCAGAAGCUACCACUGCGCCGUCUGCGACAACUGCGUCGGCAAGUUCGAUCAACACUGUCCCUGGAUAAGCCAGUGCGUAGGGCUGAGAAACUACAGGUUCUACUUGCUGCUGAUGUGCUCGGCGCUAGCGUUCUACGCUUUCAUACUCAAGUUGGACGCUGCCAAUGCUGAAGUCUUCAGUUAUUUGGUCACAGCUUUGCCUGAAACGUUUGCUCUUGCAGCACUCAGCUUCAUGGCUAUGUGUGUCCUGGCGUGCCUUCUAGCCUCCCAUGCCUUCCUUGUAGCCAAGAACAAGACUAGCCAUGAGAGGUACAAAGGGCCGUAUCGUAGCUCGCCCGAUCCCUACGACAAGGGAGUUGUUGGAAACAUCAAGGAGUGCCUCUUUGACAAGCUCCCGCCUCCAAGAGUCGAUUUCAGAGCCGCCGCCGAGGCCGAGCAAAACUUUGGUUCAUCAGUUCAGCCCUCCGCCGGUGGCGACAACGACGACGGCGAGCUAAACUUUGGUUCCUCAAGGUGA